ACUUUCUGGCUACCGACUCUCAGAGACUCACUAUGAAGUGGUGGCCUCAGCCCUGAAGUCCAACCCCUCCCAUCUGAUAGAGCUGGACCUGAGUAACAACCGGGAGCUGAAGGAUUCAGGAGUGAAGCUGCUGUCUGCUGGACUGGAGAGUCCACACUGUAGACUGGAGGCUCUGAGAUUGAGUGGCUGCAGUUUGUCAGAGAUCAGCUGUGUUUCUCUGGCCUCAGCUCUGAAGUCCAACCCCUCCCAUCUGACAGAGCUGGACCUGAGCUUCAACAACCUGCAGGAUUCAGGAGUGAAGCUGCUGUGUGAUUUUCUGGAGAGUCCACACUGUAGACUGAAGACUCUGAGAGGAAAUCUGGAAGGAAUCACAGCGCACCUUGUCCUCAUUGCCUCUGUUCUACCUGCUUCAUACAGUUUGUGGGACUGCAGCUUGUCAGAGAUCAGCUGCGUUUCUUUGGCCUCAGCUCUGAAGUCCAACCCCUCCCAUCUGACAGAGCUGGACCUGAGUGACAACAACCUGCAGGAUUCAGGAGUGAAGCUGCUGUGUGAUUUUCUGCAGAGUCCACACUGUAGACUGAAGACUCUGAGGCCUCAGCUCUGAAGUCCAACCCCUCCCAUCUGACAGAGCUGGACCUGAGCCACAACAACCUGCAGGAUUCAGGAGUGAAGCUGCUGUGUGAUUUUCUGGAGAGUCCACACUGUAGACUGAAGACUCUGAG